UUGAGAAUCCAACAACCCACUAUACUUCUCUCUCUCUAACCGGAGCGAAACCCUCCCCGCCUUCCUCAGCCCCUGUUUUCUCCCUGCGACGGACCAUCAACAAACUUUUCCGACCACCACGCACCUUUCUCAUCCUCAGCUCAACAGCAUCAAUAAUCCCUAGUUCUAUUGUUAAUCUGGUGUGAGAAGAUGGCUAGUGUUGCAAAAGAGGAUCCGAAGAAGAAGCCGCAGCCGCAGUUGGUGAAGCUGAAUCAUGCUUUCAAAUUGGCUGAGCAAUGGGUUAAUAACAUGAGUAAAACCUCGACCAUUGAUAAACCACCUUCGAUAGAAUUGGAAGGCCGUCCCAUGAGGCUUGGAAUUGGUGCAACUGUUCCUAAAGAAUCCAAAUUUACCUGUUCGAGUAAUCCUGUUGAAAAAAAGUUGCUUGCCAAGCUGCAUAACAACAAAAUAAAAGGUGCCGUGAAAGAUGAAGCUUCAGUCCCGCCUUCAGAAACUGGAAAGGCUGAUGAGGACAGCGAAGACGAAGAAUCGGAAAGCAAAACCCGAGCUUUCUCCAAGAAGAGACCUCCGAGCUCAAUUUCACAUCCACAUGCCAGAAAGAAGCAUAGGUCGGAUUUAAGCUAGUUUGCCGAUGUAUUCAUAAGAAGGCAAUAAGCAUUUAAUGCUCUAAUACCAACGCUUACGAAUUGUAGCAAUUAAGCGACCUUAUAAGAAACAUAUGAGGAUGAGGUUCAGACCUCUGAUUUCUCAGAUUAUUGACCGGCAGGCUUCACGGAUUCCUCAUCUAAGGAUGAGCAAUGGGUUAAUAACAUGAGUUAAACCUCGUUGAACGAUAAACCACCUUCGAUGGAAUUGGAAGGCCGUCCCAUGAGGCUUGGAAUUGGUGCAACUGCCUGCAGAAAAUGGAAAAUCUUAUGAGAGUGAAGAAGAAGAGUCGUAAAGCAAAACCCGUGCUUUCUCCAAGAACAGACCUCCGCGUUUAAUUUCACAUCUACAUGCCAGAAAGAAGCAUAGGUGAUUGGUGUAUAUUUCAUGAAACACUGCAAAUGUUUUCUCAGCCGAUUCAGCACUCGCAUCAACAUGUUUUCAUGUAGUACUGGCCUCAAUGAUGCACACUUAGUGAAGACUUAUAAUUUCAAUGAAAAAUAGGCAUUUUUGCUGCUUGUUUA